AUGACAAACUACCACUUCGGUAUCGAGAUCGAGGUGCUCGUUGAGCCCCAUAGAAUCCGAGCACCUCUAGACCAUGCCCUCUACUACGACAAGCUCUCGAAGUCCCUACGGAAGCGAGGUCUCAAAGCCGUAGCAAAUGAUCUCCAGCCUGGGGGCCGUAGAAAGCGUCCCGAUCUCUACGACAAGUGGUGGAUCACUCGUGAUGGCUCUCUCGACAAUUCCGGGGCCAACAUUGGUAAGAUGCUGCUCUCGUUCAUGAUCAAGGCAAAUCAACUGCUAACGAGCCGAUUGUCAGUGCCUAUGGAAGCCGUCUCGCCAGUGAUGAACUGCCGCGCCACUUGGGAGAGUGAGAUCGACACCUUUUGGAAGGCCAUGAGCGCCGUCUUCCACAUGCCACAGCGCUCACCCAAGUGCGGGAGCCACAUCCACAUAUCCAACACCGGAGCCAAGUCGUUCUCGCUCGAUCAGCUCAAGACAAUCGCAUUCGGCGUUGUCCUCUACGAGCCACUCAUCUCGGAAUGUCUUAUGUCCAUCCGCACCACAAACGGGUACUGCCAGCCCAACUCGGCUGCUUCAACCAAGCUAAGGUCAUGCGGAGGCCCGAGCGACAUGGCGCGGCUCAUUCGAGGCGCCACCAACCGGGACGAUCUCGUCGAGGUCAUGCAAGACGAUAGGAGAGUCUUGUGGAACUUUGAGAAUGUCGUCAGGGGCAAGUCUGGCACUAUCGAGUUCCGCGGAGGCAGAUGCCUUAGAGGCCCAGUCAGAACAAAGCGCUGGAUCGCCUUCGCUGUUGCUCUGAUCCACGCUAUCCUGGACAUGAGACAGAACGACUUGAGCCACCCUAGCUCCCCUACUCUCCAAGGUAACAAGUUCACUGCGGCCGGUCUCUACUCCAAGGUGAAGAGCGCUGCCCGUAGUCUUGCGAUGGCCGAAUUGCUUCCGGAUGAUUACAGAGUUCUCAACGAGUCAAGGAACAGCUAG